AUGUCCUUGAGGGUACAGGACGUAUAUUCGGACCGGAGCAUUUUGCUAACUGGAUCAACGGGAUUCUUGGGAAAGGUGUUAGUUGAGAAAAUUCUUUGGGCUGUGCCAAAUGUUCGCCAAGUCUUCCUUCUGAUUCGCCCUGCGAAAGGACUGUCACCCAGGGAGAGGCUAGAAAAAGUCUUGAAAGAUCCAUUAUUUGACCGGAUUCGUGAAAAUAAACCACAUGUGCUCAAUAAACUUGUGCCUAUAUCCGGAGAUAUUAUGGAGGAUAACCUUGGCCUCAACCAACAUGAUAUGCAAAGCAUUUGCGAUGAGGUUCACUACUUCCUUUUGCUGAAAUUUCAGGUUAGCAUUGUUAUCCACAGCGCUGCUACGGUAAAAUUUGACGAGAAACUCAGGGAUGCGGUUGAGAUGAACAUGGUA